CGUGUUUCUGCCGCGCACAGCGGACUCUCUCCUCUCUCUUACCCAGGGUGCUGAGCCUACAGGCGGCAGGUGUGUGCAGCGACUGUCCGCCGAAGCUUUUCUCACUUUCAGCACAUUUUGGGAGCGAAUUUUGGAUACUAAAGCGAGGCGAUAACUCACAAUGCAAGUAGGCAGUGCACGGUCCACCCUGGCUGAGAGGAUGUUGCAGUGAUAGACAGCAGCUUGUAUCUGCUUGCACUGAGCCGGCAUCGUCAGCUGUUGCUCUAGCAGUGAGUGGAAGAGUCGGGAAGCAACAGAAAAAAAAGGCCAAACUAUGCGACUGACUUUCUGCCGGUAACCUGUUUUUUUUCCAUCUUAAGUCGAGCGGGGAGCGGAUGCGAGCAGAGGGAGUCAACGAGCCUCUGACUAUUUUCUGCCCUUUGUCGGUGCCGGAGGAGCUGUGCCAAUGGAGAAAGCGACUCCGCCGCCCCAGCCCCAGCUCCAGCUGUCGAUAGCGAAGACUGAAAGUCCAGCGGAGGACAUCUCUGGUCUCUCUGACGAGGAGCUGCUCAAGUGGACCAAGGAGGAUCUGGUGCGGCGGCUGAGGCGCUCCGAGGCCGACAAGAUGAGCGUGAUUCUGGACCACGGGAAUCUCAUCCGAGAGGUCAAUCGCAGCCUCCAGUUGCACUUGAACGAGAUCAGGGGGCUGAAGGAUAUUAACCAGAAGCUGCAGGAGGACAACCGUGAGCUGCGGGACUUGUGCUGCUUCCUGGAUGACGACCGCCAAAAAGGCAAGCGUGUAUCCAGGGAGUGGCAGCGCUUGGGACGCUACAGUGCCAGCAUCAUGCGUAAAGAGGUGACCCUCUACCUGCAAAAACUCAAGGAGCUGGAGGUCCGACAGGAGGAGGUGAUCCGGGAGAACCUGGAGCUGAAGGAGCUGUGCCUGCUGCUGGAUGAGGAGAAAGGGGUGGUGGUAGGUGGAGGGAGUGGUGGUGGUGGAGGAGGUGGAGGGGGAGGGGGUGUAGGGAUGGGUGGGUGCCGCAACUCCAUUGACAGCCAGAGUAGCUUGCUCCUGGUGCCGGGGCAGGGGCUCCUGAUGAGGGACGUGGGGGACGGGAGCAGCACCUCCAGCGCGGGGAGCGCUGACAGCUCUGACCACCCUCACCAUAAGCAGGCUCACCUGGCUCCGGGGGUGGGCGGGGUUGGGGUUGGGAGCGGUGGGGAAAAAGGGAGCCCCGAGCUGGUGCACAAACCCAGGUGCAGCAGCAUCAGUGGAAUAGGAGGCGGAGGAGGAGACAGGGAGGUGUCCAGCCCCGAGCACCCUGCUGGGCGCCACCGGAGCACCAGCCUGGAGUACCCGUACACCCUGCCCCAGCUCUGCCGGCCCCGCUGCGGCUCCAUAUCUGUGCCUGAUCACAGUCGAGUCAUGCGGGGCCUCAGCCCGGAGAAAUACGGGAGGAACGUGGGUCGACGCAGUCCGGAGCAGCACCCCAAGCACCACAGCUCUGAUCUCCUCCUGGGCCAGAGGCAGCACUUCCUGGGAGGCAGCGGGGAGCUCUAUCAGAGGCACCACAGGAGCAGCAUUAGCAGUACGGGCUGCGGGAGCCCGGAGCCCCGGCAGGCACAUUUAGGGGCCGCUGAGCACAAUGAAAAGGGCUGCGUGGUCCAAGGGGGCAGCCCUGAAACUCAUAGGCACCAGUACAGUAUGAGUCCAGACCACGUGAAGUUUGGCAGCCCUGUGAGAGACGGCCAGAGGAGGGCGGCUGGAGACGAGCUGUCGCCGCACCAUCGGAGCAUCUACAAUGGCAUGAAUGCUUUGAUAUCAGCCGGCUGCUGCACCAACAACUGUAGAAAUGUCAAGCUAUGGGACAGCUUUGAUGCCUCUUCUUGACCCCAACCUGACCAGCUAGACUCCUCAAACGGAGGAGGGGUGGCAGUGGUGCAGCCCUCCUGCGUCUCUGGCCUUGAUAGACACGAGGGCCCCUGGACACCGUCCUCCACGACUCCGGAUGGUCCGUCGUCCACGGCCUCUUCCACGUCCACAGCCCUGAAACAGCCUGCCUCCAUGUUUUCAUUUCUACAUAUCGAGAGUCUGAGAGAAGGAUGAGAAUGCUAUUAGUACGGUUGGAAAAACUCAAGAUGACUGCCGCAGUUAAAUGGAUUAUAGUGGAUAUCUCUCCCUUCCAACUGUGACACGGCUACCUCCCGGAGAGCACCCAGAGAAAGGGAGGGACGCUGGGGAUCGGUGAGAGAAGAUGUAGAGGACUCUGCACGUUUUGUGCCGCUACCCUCUGUUUACAAAUGUACAUCACUGGUGGAGAAGCACAUAAAUUAAACUUUAUACACUCUGCUGUUCCCCCACACUUUCCCCUCCCUGUUUAUCCGCUCUCUCUAUCCUCUCCAGACAUCAACCAUUUUCAAAGUGUGUAAUGAGACUGGUGUAAUCUAGCGUUCUGUCUCUCAGUCUCCAAAUCCAGCCGAUCAAAUGAUCGCCAUCGUCUUCAACGUUUCCAGCCAUUUCCACAGAAUUUAAAAACAAAACAAAAAGCAUAUUUGUCAAAGAUGUUCUAGCAAAGAAAAAAAAAAACAACCUCUUCCUGUGUCUUAAACCAAGAUGGUCAUCAUUGCUAGCUGCUGACAGAUGUUCUAGUUCUAUAAGAUGCAAUGUUCAGGUGUAAUUUUUCUUUUUUGUAUUAUGUUCUUUACUCCCUUAAAGCGCCUAUAUUGAAGCUGGGGAGAAGAUUAUACGUUUCUCCAUGUUGUUUUUUACAAGGAAGUAAAGUCCAAGUAAAAAGUAGAUUAUUGGAUUAGUUUUCUAUAUAUCUAUAUAUAUAAAUAUAAUAUGAUUAUUAUUUUUGACUUACUGGUAUUAGAACUAUUAUAUGAAGAUGCAUAUGAUAUAUAUCAAAUAAUAAACAGACUUCUU